UCCAAGUUAGUUCCGGGAGGGCUCCGAGGACGCGCAGCCACUUCGGGCAGUGGUUUCACUUUUGGGCCCGGACACUCCAGGCUGAGCUCGCGCGCUCUUCCUCCUAGGCUCCUGGGCUGAGCAGGCGUUGAGACCCGUUUCACAGCGCUGCCUCACUUCCUUCGCUUCCUGACCUCUGGCACUGGCACCGCACCCGCGGCGGUCACGGUCACGGGGCCUACUGCAGCCGGGAAGAUUCUGCAGCAGCUUCCGAGUCGCAGGGAGGAAGCAUUUGUGGUGACAAAGGUGCUACAGAGGAGGUAGAGGUCGCCUGUAUGCGCAAGUAGGAGGGCUCAGGCCAGUGUGCUCUGCCUGGAGCCAAGGUGGUUCAUGGAGUUGUGGGCACAGGAUGGCCUGGAGGACACUGGCCAGCCUUGCAGUGGGGCCGCAUGCCAAGUGCCUGGAGGUGGGCUAUCUGCUCCUCAACUCUCUGAGUUCCUCAGCUAGGGAAGGGCUGCCACAGGAAUCAGGACUGCUCACCAUAGCUGCCCCAAACUUGUUGGGCUGACAAGGGCAGAUCCCAACUAACAAGUCAAGUUGCAGCUCCCAACAGCCACAGACCACUUUGAAAGGACCGAAGUCCCCUGCAUUGGAGGCAUCUAAGCACUGACUGACCCAUCUGCCCUCCUUAAGAGAAUGCCUUCGGCCUUUGAGAGUGUGGUCCAGAGUGUAGUCCGUGAGCUGGACCCCAGGAGGGAGCUCAUCCCAGUGGACAGCCUUCAGAACUCUGCCAACUUCCGGCCCUAUUACCUGGUGAGAAGGAAGCCCCCAAGCUCACGGUUCUGGAAACCCCGUUACUUGUGUGUCAACCUAUCAAUCAAAGACAUCCUGGAGCCUGAUGCCCCAGAACCAGAUUUGGAGCAUGGUAGCACCUUCCACUUCUUUGAUACCAUCGAUGGGAAGAUGCAGGGCAACAUGGAGGUGGCAGUCCCAGGACAAUGGAAAGUCUCAGGUGGGGCUGCAGUGUCUGGGAGCUCCAGCACCUCAAUGAAUGUGCGCACCCUGAGCGUGGACCCAAACACCUGGGAUCACAUGCAGCAGGAGAGGCGGCUGAGGCAGCCAGAACACAGGAUUCUGCAGCAGCUUCGGAGUCGCAGGGAGGACGUGUUUGUGGUGACGAAGGUGCUGCAGACCCAGGAGGAGGUGGAGAUCAUGCGUAUGCGCAAGCAGGAGGGCUCAGGCCACUUUGUUCUGCCUGGACCCAUGUGCUUGAAGGGUGAUGGCGAGGGCCACUUGAUGUGGGAGAAUAAGGUCACCAUCCCUGCAGGCAGUAUCCUCGCAUUCCAGGUGGCCCAGCUGGUCAUUCGCUCUGACUGGGAUAUCUUUCCCUUCCCGGAUGAGAAGCAGAGGACCUUCUUACCAUCCCCCAGAGGCAGCCAGCCACAGAAUACCUUCAGCCUCUCCUCAGUGUUGAGGGCCAUCAGUGAUUCCCUCAAGCUCCUGACAGAUGGGAUCUCUGAGGAGUCAGUGGUCACAGAAGAAUUCCAGGUCCUGCGGACAGAAGUGGAGGCUGGCUCUGCAGCACUGCGGAAUAUGGCAAGGGACCUGAGGCAGCAACUGCUGCUCGACCUAGGGAAAGUCCUGUGUGACCCGCCAGCCCUACAGGACUUAGAGGCCUUGUUGGCACAGGGCCUGUGUGGCAACGGGCAGGUGAAGCCUCUAGAGGGUCCAGCAGGUGACAUCCUUGAAUGCCUGGUGCUCCCCUCCCAGGUGCUGGUGCAGGCACUCGCUGCCCCUGUCUUUUACCUGCUCGGGGCGCUGACUGCACUAAGUGAAACCCAGCAACAGCUGCUGGCUAAGCUGCUGGACAAAGGGGACCUGUCGACACAACUUGAGCUGGUGAGAAGACACAGUGUGGAGGAUGGAAUGGGGCCCUGGGUGCAUCUGAAGAGGAUGAACACCUCUUGGAGCAGAGCACCCCAUGGCAAGAGCAGAGUGAUGUAUCCCUGUCCCCCAAGCUCCUUGGGAGUAACUGGGGAGAGGAGGCACCAGCCUGGGCCUUGCUGGAGAAAUGUGGCCUGGAGCUGCAGGUGGGCGCCCCCCAGGUACACUGGGAGCCACAAGCCCAGGGUCCCACCUGUGCACUCUAUGCUUCCCUGGCACUGCUGUCAGGCCUGAGCUGAGUGUCCUGCUAGCCUGUGCCCACUGUAUAGCAGCCCCAGGAAGACCAAGAGUCCAACUCAACCAUAGGGCCAGUUCACCAUGACACCCAGAACUGAGGAAACUCAAUAAAUGGAAUGUACAUGUGCUUGCUUCAGCAGCACAUAUAAUAAAUGUGAUGUACAAUGGAAAAUGA